AUGUUCUCGACCAACUUGAUCUUAGCCGGCAUUCUCGCCGCAGGUCUUGCAUCCGCCGAUGUCCCGCUCUUCGCGCAUCACGAUGCCACCUACUCGUUGGCAGGACCUGUCGGAGUCUCCAGCACUCGUAACUUGAGAGCCAUGCCUAAACCGACCGCAGUGGAUGGAACGACCUGGUCACCGCACACUUAUGAGGCGGAGCCUCACGUCAAGCCGACACCGACGUACCAGGCGAAGCCUCACGUUAUGUCGACACCGACGUACCAGACGGAGCCGACUUACCAGAUGAUGCCUAACUUCGACACCGCCGGGUCCCCGUCGCCCUCUUCACAGUGCAACAACAUCGGUGGCGAUGGCGGUGCCCCAGCGCGGACAGCGUCCGAGCGUGUUGCAACGCGUGUGCGAACACCAAUCUAUGCAUUGCGUUCAACUUCCAACCACUCCUGGUAA